GUGCCAGGUUGUUUGACAUUUUGUUAUAAUUUUUUGCCAUUGCUGAAAGGUUAUUGUUUUUACAGUCAACUGGUCUUAAUAACUGUUUGCUUUAAUAUAAAUUUUAUGAAAUUUAAAAUGAAACUGUUAACAUUAAGUAAUGAAUUCCAAAGAAUAAAUAACACUUAAGUAUAGUGCAGCACGUUUGGUCAAUUAUUGAACUGAAGCACCACAACAAUUACUCACCCCUACAUCAGCGACGUCAGAGAUUAAAAAAAAACAUAAGUAAAGGGGGUAACAAGUAAAACUAUUUUCACACAAAUAACAUAAUAUAUUAAAGACAAGAAAUCAUGAUUAUGAUGGAUCCUGUUGAAGCUAUGAUAAAUUAUAAUGUACUUGAAAUAGUGUUUUCUUACUUGGAGUUGCGAGAUUUAAGGAAUUGUUCAUUGGUGUGCAGAAAUUGGUUCAAUUUUUUAAACGAUGAAAAUAGUGAUGUUUGGCGAACCCACUGUAUCCGGAAAUUACCAGAGGAAGCUUUAAAAUCAGAUUUACUAACAUCAGUACCCACAUAUAAAAUGAAACUACGCGCUUUUUAUCAUGCGUGGAACCCGAAUGAUUGCUCUAGAAAUGUAUAUAUAAAACCGAAUGGAUUUACUUUACAUAGAAAUCCUGUUGCCCAAAGUACUGAUGCAGCCCGUGGUAAAAUUGGGUUCCGACAGGGACGACACACUUGGGAAGUUAUCUGGGAAGGGCCACUAGGUACUGUUGCAGUUAUUGGAAUAUCGACUAAAGAAGCAGCUUUGCAAUGUCAUGGAUAUGUUGCCCUAUUGGGAUCUGAUGAUCAAAGUUGGGGUUGGAAUUUGGUAGAAAACCACUUGCUUCAUAAUGGAGAUGCACAAGGCAGUUAUCCGUUAUUAAAUAAUGCACCCAAAUAUCAGGUUGGCGAACGGAUACGUGUUAUAUUAGAUUGUGAUGAUAAUACGCUAUCGUUUGAAAAAAAUUAUGAGUUUCUAGGUGUUGCAUUUAGAGGCCUUCCUGAUAAGAAGUUAUAUCCAACUAUAUCAGCUGUUUACGGAAACACGGAAGUAUCCAUGGUUUAUCUUGGACCACCACUCGAUGGAUAAGUUUAACCAAAAAAAUGUGGAUAGUAAUUUAUUCUGAUAAUAAGACGUAUAUCUACAAUCAAUGAUAGAAAUGAAAUUACCCACAAAAUCGGAGCUACUAGCUCUUCCAAUUUAACACCAGCUUUAUCCAAAUUAAUCCUUUGAAGUAUUAUAUAAUAGUUCAAAAUGCGCAAAAUAAUAUUCAUACAAUUUUAAUAUAUUUUUCAUAUAGUGAUUUAAGUCAAUCUUAUGAGGACUAAAAUGUUCUGUAAUGGAAUAUGUGGCGCAUCAAUACUGUUUGGAUUUAGCUUCACAUUUUUUUUACACAUUUAAUACUCGUUUUUAAAACUAACAGUAACGUGCA